CUGAUGAUGAUUUACAACAUCACCCUCGUCAGCCAGGAACGGGACUGGGGCAAGUUGGAGUACUGUCGCAAGCGUAUCCGCUGUACCAUCGCCGCAGGCGAGAGCUUCUCGCAAGACUAUCUUCUCCAGCUUCCCAAGAAGAUACUCUUUCCCAUUAUGGCCUACUCGGUCAUGACGCACUGGAUGCUUGGAGAGGCUCUCCAAGCCCAGGAAGCCAUCUGGCUCGAAAACUCGAAUGGUCGCUACGUCGAGCAUUCCAAAUAUAUGAUUACAUACGCGGCAUAUCCGCUGUGGAUAGCAACCUUCUUGAUCCUGUUGAUGACGGGCGUCUGUUGGUGGGCAUACACAUAUAGGCGUGAGGGGUUUAUCCCUCAGAUGUACGGUAGUAUUAGAACGCUCUGUGCAGCGACAACGCAGUUGGACGACUUCCCAUCGAACGGAGUCCAGUGGGGCGAUCUCGGCCAGGGACAGUCAUUUCGGCAUGCCGGGCUUGCAGCCGAGGACGUGAUGAAGAUUGUGCCAAAUGAGUUAUACGCUGGUACUAGUCCAGACCUGCAGGAGAAUAGGGCUUGACGAAAGCAAUUGAGAUUGCAUUCUCGUCGGUUUCACAUUGACACGGACAAAAGACAUGACUGACUACCUCACUUAUGCAGCAAUUGAUUUACAUGAAUACCCC